CUUUUAUUAUUAUUUUGAAUACCUCAAGUUCAGAUUCUCUAGGAAUACCUUAUUAUUGUUACAACCUUUCACAUGAUUGCUGAUCAUUUCCUUUCUUGGAGCAUGCACCAUAAUGUCACCGGCACCUGCCACGUACCGAUAGACGAAAUCUUAACAUUUAUAAAUAUAUAUGUAUCCGUGCUUGGUUUAGAUUUUAUCAUUUUAAUUUAUUCAAAAUUUCAAACUUCGAUAAUUUCCCUUAGUGUUAUCAUAACAUUAUUAAUUAUCAUUAUAUUUUCCUAAGUUCCCAAUAUUAUUUUCAAUUUCAAGUCGAAACUCCUUCCGCUUCACUUAAGUCCAAAAUCUCGAUCUUAAAUAACUUUUCUUAUCUUGAAUAUCUUUUCUUAUCUCUUGAUCAUCUAUCUAAAACUUAACAUUCC